GUUUUCGACAUUCGUUCGCCGACUCUCUUUCGGGCUGCGUGCAUACAUAACGGUUAAUGUUAGUAUUAUUGUUAAUGUUAAUUUAAAUAAUAAAUAACAAAUACUAAAUACUUGCUAGCAAAACAAAAUAGAAAAACCUAUGAAAUGAUUUUGCCAGUGUUCAGUGCCUUUGUGUGUUUGUGAAUGCAAUAGAUCGCGUUGUGAGAAUUUGAUUACAAAUCGAAAAAGAAUCCAAAUUACUUGUGCAAAAAUAUCGAAGAAUCCAGUUGAAACCGCUAAAAAACCGAGAGAUACUUGGCCAGAAAUCAUCUAGAAAAUGCCCAAAAACCCAAACCCUUGAAAUCUAUAUCCAAAAUCCAUCAUAAAACCACAAAAAUCUCCUCAAACAUCGCGUGUGUCGGUGCGGUGUAUUUGUAUCUGUGUCUGUGAUCCGGCGGCCUUUUUUUGGUCUCUUUCGUUUCGCGUCUUAUAAGCCGAGCUGCUAAACCGACAUCCCCGUCCCGUUCUGUCGGACGGAGUUGCUCCUUUCGUUGCUGCUUUCGUCUUUGUCUCCGGCACGUAAUCUCUCCCUCUCUGGCCCUAAUCAACCUGCUGAUCCCACCGGAGGGUUAAAGCACACAAACGCACACACGCAGAGGGAGUGCGAGGGAGAUAGCCAUCGCGCCGGACUCCUGGCUCGAUCGAGAUUGUGCGCCUAAUUUGAAGCUGUAAUUAAUUUGGAUACCCUAAUAAAAACCCAACUGAAAACCCGAAAAGAUCAAGACUAAGAGCCCCAAGAAUCCCCCGCACCUUCUGUUUCUUCUGAGGGGCGCUACUUUAUUGCCCCGCACCGAUGCCUGCGCAAUAUGGAAUUGGCGAUUUGUAAGACGGAUCUGUCUUCCACGAAAUUUAUGCUGCCCCCUGCCCUGCCCGUAUCCGCCGCCAUUGGAACCUCAUCGGCGGACACCUCAACUGUGGCCCAGUUUGAUUCCUUCCUCAACGCUAUCAACGGGCAUUUGUUUAAAUCGCCGCCCAGCCAUCACAAUCUUCAUCAUCACCAUCACAAUUUGGCCAGUAGCUCGUCGAUCCUGAGCCACCAUCACAGCAAUAGUAACAAUAACAGUAAUAGCGGUAACAGCGCGGGCCAAGUUAGCAACAUGAGGAUGAAAAAGAACCGCAAAGUCACAUUUCUAUCCAGCCUAGUUGAGUCCAAAAACAUCUUUAUUAAGGAUGAGCCAAUCAGCGGCUGCAAGGAUCUGCCCAUCUGCAGUUUAUCGGAUAUUUCAGAUCAUGAGGCGUCGUUGGAUGUACCCACCGCCUUGCCACCCCUCACGCCCGGCACCAAUCGCAAGGUCAACGAGGUGCUCAAGGCCUCCUUUGCCUCCUGGGAAAAGGAGGUGCAAAAGUACAACAUAACCAAAGAUCCCCGUGAGUGGACGGAGGAGCACGUCAUCUACUGGUUCAAUUGGGCCAAAAAUGAGUUCUCACUGGUCUCCAUGAACCUGGACCCCUUCUACAAGAUGAAGGGCCGUGCCAUGGUCGAUUUGGGCAAGGAAAAGUUCCUGGCCAUCACGCCGCCCUUCACCGGCGACAUUCUGUGGGAGCACCUGGACAUCCUGCAGAAAGAAUGCGAGAAACCAAAUGAGGACAUUGUGCAUGGCCAUUCCUUUGAGUCGGCCACCACCGCCUCGGUCUGUGGAUCGGACCACCAGGUGGCCACCGCCUUCCCGCCCGAGUCAUCCGCCCAAGCAGCGCCGCUCUCCAGCAGCAACAACAGCAGCGUAAAUAGCCGCCUGUCCAUGGAUUAUGGGACGUCGUCGGCGAGCAGUGAUAAGAGCCACUUCCACCCAGCCACGCACAACGGCUACAGCAGCAAUGCACACGAUCGCAGCAACAACAGCCCGCCUCCGCAGCAAUCGCAACAGCAGCAGCAGCAACCGACUGUCAAUGGCAGUGGCGGCAGCAGCAACAAUAACUCCAUGCUGCCGCCCGCUGUCCAACAGAGCAGCAACAACAACAGCAGCAGCAGCAGCAAUAACAACGAAAGCAACACCAACAGCAACACGAAUAGCAGCAACAAUGCCAAUGCGGGCAGCAACAAUAACAAUAAUAACAAUAACAACAACAACAAUAUUAACUACAUGGCAGCAAUGGCAGCUAUCUACCAGCAACACCAGCUCAAAGAGGAGCCGGGCACCCAGAGCAGCAACGGUAACGGGAGCAGCGGCUACGGCGGCAGCAACAGCCAGAACGAUCCCACGGAUCUCAGCAGCUACGGCCUGCCCGCUCACCUGGCCUACAGCACCGGCGGCAGUGGAAGCGGACCGACAGGUGGUGGCAGCUCUGGUGGCGGCGGUGAUGAUAGUGAUUACCACAGCACCCAGGAGCAUCAUAGCCAGGCCUCCAGCGGAGCCAAUGGCAGUGGAGCCGGCAGCGGCGGCAGUGGCAACGGAAGCACGGGCAACAGCAACGGCUACAUGGACAGCAGCUCCGAGUUCUAUGCCUACGGCCGAGGACGAUUCCACGACGGUUAUGGAUCGGAUUUCCAGCCCUACGAUGCCCAGUUCCAGGCGAUGAGCGCACAGUCUUCGGCCAUGGAUCAGUGGGGAGCAGCGCAUGCCCAUCAGCAUCCGGCAGCGUACAUGUCCACCCUGGGACUGGACAAGGGCCUGCUGGGCGGCUACACGACGCAGGGCGGAGUGCCAUGCUUCACGGGCUCGGGACCCAUCCAGCUGUGGCAGUUCCUUCUGGAGCUGCUGCUGGACAAGACGUGCCAGAGUUUCAUUUCGUGGACGGGCGAUGGCUGGGAGUUCAAGCUCACCGAUCCGGAUGAGGUGGCUCGUCGCUGGGGCAUUCGAAAGAACAAGCCCAAGAUGAACUACGAGAAGCUGAGCCGAGGCCUGCGCUACUAUUACGACAAGAACAUCAUCCACAAGACGGCCGGCAAGCGCUAUGUCUAUCGCUUUGUCUGUGAUCUCCAGAAUCUUGUUGGACACACCCCCGAGGAGCUGGUGGCCAAAUACGAUCUUAAGAUUGAGAAAAAGGAUGUGGACUAGCUGCCUGAAUCGGGAGCCGUUUCAGGUGACCUGCCUCUGCCUCCCAGCCACGGAUUGUACUCAACCAACCGCAAAAUACUUUCGAGCGUUAUUGUUUACCAAGCGUGAUGUUAGCCUUUAAGCAGCAGCCCCGAUCUGCGAUCUUGCUACGAGAUUAAAGUGUUCCCAACUCCAACUCCAAAUCCAGCUCCAGCCCCCUCAAUCCCACCCACAUGUCACACCAAUUUGCUUGUAAUUAUCGUGUAAAAAUUAGACUUUUGAAUUAAUUUGAAAUUAAUUUAAAAUACUUGAGCGUUAGUCCUAAGCCGAUCUAGCAUCGUAAGUCGUAAAUCAAAUAGGAACACGGCAAGAGAACCAGUUGAAAAUGAAAGGAACGAAAGGAUAAGAAUUAAAUUUGGAAUUCUGUGUGCAAUGUGAUGAUUUCCUCGUUCUCACAUAGAUGCUCUGCUGCAAGAAUCGAACGUUGAUAGAGGCCAUAAAGCAUAUUGUGUCCCCAAAGUGAUAUUAGAGCGCAACAUUUUGUUAUAUGUACGUACAUAAUCAUUUUACCCGCACGGGGCACCAGAGAAACAUAACAUUUCAAGAUCAUGAGUGUAUAUAGCCGAUGACGAUGAAGUCUGUGGCGUAUCAGUAGGUCUCUAGUAUUUAUAUACAUACAAAAUAACCUGUAAUCUGUGCUACAACUAAGUUUUCCACUUCCACUAAGUACUCCCCCCGAACACCUAUCCACCAUCUUGUGCGCUUCCGUGCGAUCCCAAAAGUUUUAAACGUAAAACGGCGCACAGCAGUCGAACCAUAUCGAUAUGGACGACUACCGUGUGCGGCCGAACUCUUGUUAGUCUAUGUGUACUUGUAGGUUACCUUACCCCUAGCCCUAGCCCUAAGUCUUCUUCUAGUGCGCCAAGUGCGCUAAGUUAUUCGACAGUUUGAGAAGUGUUGAUUAUCCUGUAUGAUGUCUGAUGGAUGGUGUAUGAUGUAUGAUGUAUUAUGUAUGAUGUAUGAUGUAUGAUGUAUGAUGUAUGAUGUAUGAUGUAUGAUGUAUGAUGUAUGAUGUAUGAUGUGUGUGUAUAGCUAUUAAAUAUAUAAGUCUAGCUCGUAGAUGCUUAGCCACGUACUACACGCAUAAACGUAAAGUUAUAUUGAUACAUAGAAACACAUACUUACGUUGUAGAGCAAUUCUAAAAUAUUGUAUUUAUACAGGCGUAAAUUGUAAUAUUAAAGCUACCAUUAACAUUGCUAAUGAUAAAAACAAUAAAAAGAAAAACCGAUAUGAAAAUACAACAAAAAA